GGAGGACACGCCCGACCUAAUCCUGUGGCCCAAAAGGGGCGUCGUCCUAUCCGUAUCCAUCUUGGCUCAAGGGAAUGCCUCGGCCCGAGUGGCGGUAGCGGCGUCGCCGCGGCGGCCAGCGAUUGGCGCGCGGCUUGCGUCAUGCAGUUCCUCCAAGAGUCUCUGGGCCCCCAGAUCUCGCAGCAGCUGCCGGACGGGUCCAUGUCUGCCGAUGACGCCAAGUACGUCGCGGCGCGGCAGAAGCUGUCAAAUGCCAUAUCGGAGGUGAUGGCCCCGAGGCGGGCAAGCGCCAGGACGUGCAUGAAGGCCGAAGGUUUGCGGUCAAUGGGCGUCUUGGACGAGAAGUUCGACUCAGUGGCAGCGUUAGACGCCAUGGACGACAUCGUGUGUAAACUCCUGUACGACGUGAAAUACCAGGGUGGUCAGAUGAUCGCCAAACAGAACCCUGGGUGGUGCGAAACUCUCUUCACAAAGAAGGGUCGAGCGCCGCUCGGGGCAAUAUACUACUUCAUGAUAGUAUGGUCGGCGUGUGUCGUCGCGUUCUUCAGACACCACUUGAAUGUUACGCCAGACGUGGUGCUGGAGCCCUGGAUCGACAUGGGGGAAAUCCCGCUGUUGCUAAUCUCUGUGGGCCUGAUGUUUCUGGUCGUCUUCCGCACGCAGACAACCUACCUGAAGUGGAACCAGGCGAGGGCCGCGUGGACCAAGGUCAACGCGGCGUGCCGGGCGCUCGCGCUCCAGUCCUGCGUCUACCUGAAGGAUUUGGACGCCGCCAGCUCGGUCUGCCGAUACCUUGUCGUGUUCGUGCUGUCAGUGCGGUUCUGGCUGAGGCAGGAACCCCUCGCCGAGGACCUCGUGAGCAGCCUGCUGACGCCCGAGGGCCUCGCGUACCUCUACGAGCAUGCGAAGCCCACCGAGCUGCAGACCCGCAUAGAGGGCGACACGAGCAUGUCCUUCCACUUCAAGAACAUCACCGCCCCCGCUCCCGUGCUGGACGUCCUGCGAGGCAUCCUGAGGCACGCCGUCGAGGUUAAGCAAAUCGGCCCUUUCCACACCAUGAUGGAGGGCAACUUCAAGCUGUUGCAGCAAGACCUGCACACGAUGGAGAAAGUAUUGGACACCCAAAUACCGUAUGCGUACAUCACGCAUGUGCGCACUGCCAUUUUCGUUUACUGCAUGUCGAUCCCGUUCUUUCUGGUAAAAGACAACGGGUGGUACACCGUCUUGUUCGUUACGUUUUACUGUUAUGUGGUGAUUGGGUUGGAGAACCUUGCCGUGGAGAUCGAGAACCCUUUCGGCACCGACGCCAACGAUUUGCCAAUGGAUCUCUACUGCUGCCAGAUCACGCGAGAUAUUCGUGACAUCUUGAAGCGCCGCCAGGUCCGUACAGCCGAGGCCGGGGACGGAGCCAGGCAACGCGAAGGAAGACCGAAAGAUGGUGUGGUAGAAAACGAAGUUGAGAUUGACGAUGAGGAAGGCGAUGACGACGGCGACGAUUGAGAGGGACGGCUCUGGUUUCACUUGUUGGUGGCCCUCUCCGCAAAACUGCACUUUGGAUUAGGAGCAGGACGAGAUGAGUGGCUCGCACGCCGAGGGAAAAAAAGGGCGUCGUUCUUCAAGUUGUGCGUCAGCGCGGUGACUGUG